AUCAGUAGCCGUACAAAGAUCUUAAAUUCAUUUUUGAUCUCAAGUAAAAAAAAAACGAAAAAUAUGUCAUUCCACUUUGUUUUCGUGAUCUGUGUUUUUAUCGUCCUUGCUCAGGGAUCCUAUAUAACGCAAGUGGAACCUGUAUUCUCGGUGGAAACUCAUUCUGCUGGGGAUGUUUCAUCAGGAGCUGCCAUUACUUUCCCCGAAGUGCGACCAGCCCCUGGAUCCAAGGCUAAAUCACCAGCUGUUCGCCCAGUUGCUCCUCGUCUUGUGGCUACUUCUGGUCGUCGCCAAACUGGAUCCAACUCUCGUCCUGCUGUCGGCGGUGGAGCUAAUUAUGCCCAUAAUCGCAAUUGGAUUCAAAAACCAUACUAAUUCGAAAAGCUAAAUCAAAGCACUAAAUCAGUCUCCGAAAAAAUGUUAUGGAGAAAGAGAUAUUAAUCAAAUAAAAAAUGUUGUAAAAACUACAUUUAAUUUAACCAAAUUUUCCGUGUUAGAUCUAAAAAAACACGGAGCAAGGAUUCACUAGCACUAGUUGUUUACUUAGAUUUGCACAAUUGCAGAUUAUUUCAAUUCGGAAUGCGCGCUAUUUAUUCUUCUAUUCCUACUAAU